CUUUUUCGUUAUUUCCUAAACAGGGUUGCAACUUAACUGUGCAUAGGAAGACUCACAGAUUCGUAUUUCUUGAAAUGCUUACAUUGGAGUGCCCAGACAGAAAUGGAAAGGAAACAAGACAAGAUGGAUUGCUUGCAUUGUAUGGGGAAAUUGAGAAAGCAGUAGAGAUAUAUUCUUCACUUGAAGGUAGUAGAACCAUUACUAUUAUGAUUGAUGACAUCUCCCUUAUUGAAGUGGCGGCUAAUGGUUUAUCAAAUCACGUGUUGGAUUUUCUACACUACUGCUACACUCUGAAAGCAAAAUAUGGCUGUUCCUUUGUUACUCUUAAUCACGAGGAUAUCUAUUCCAGUGCAAAUACGCUGCCGUUAAUCUUGCAACCGGAGUACCUCGCUGAUGUGAUAAUCAAGGCAGAACCUUUGGCAACUGGUUUAGCAAGUGACGUGCAUGGACAGUUGACCGUUUUAAAUAAAGGAAGUGUUUGUGACUUGGGAGGCUCAAGUUCUAAGGUUUGCAAUUUUCACUUUAGAGUCAAGGAAAACAUCGUAGACUACUUCUAUCCUGGGACUCAGACUUGAAUAGAUUCCAUGUUCAUUGCAUUUGAACAUUGGCCAGCAUAUUAUAGACCGAAGGGUGCAGUGAUUGACAUCCCAAAGCAUUGGCAGAAAAACAAAGAUAACCAAAGAGUGAGGAGCAAACGAUAUUCAUCUUUGAUCUCUGUCCUCCUGACAUGGUAAUCUUUACUUGAAAGGCAUAGAAACCAAAUUUUACCUUCAUUUUCGCCCUUGUUGGCUCUGUAUGUUGUAGAUGCCAGAAUUUCUCUGAAUUUUAUUGUUAUGGAAAUCAGUUGCUUUCUGUUACCUUGGAAUGCCUCUUUUCAUA